AUGGCUACCAUUGCGCCCCCAGAAAAUCUCCAGCUCCAAUCAGCCCUUGUUCAACUGCCGUCUGAAAUCAAGCACAUCAUCUUCAGCCUUUGCCUCGUCAGCGGUACUCCAAUUUCCGACCCACAGAUUACUCGCUAUAACAAGGAACAGCAGAAAGGACUAGUGGACAAUAGCCCCUCGAGGGUUUCUCUUCUCCAAACAUGCCGCAGAAUAUAUCAUGAAAUCGAUCGUCGACCAUUGUUCGCCCAAAACACCUUUCGUUUCUCAAGCCUAGCUACGAUGCGAGCAUUCCUUCAAGCACUACCGGCAAGCUAUAGCAAGUGCAUCCAAGACAUCGAGAUUGAUUUGCGGAAACUAAACUCUGAUCACCCCCAUCUCACCCGUGAGUGGUUGCAAUAUCUAGCGUGGACUCAGGACGACCGCAAACCGUCCCUGCGUAUGGAUACAGGCGGCUUAAAGUGUCUCCGACUCAAUCUCGAGGCGUGGCCUGUGAUUCCAAUGUACCGAUGCGAGCUUUGGAAUGUCCUUCGAAAUAUUCUGCGGGGGUUUGCGGAUAUUGAGAGAAUCGUUGUCACCGGAACAAGCAGAGGUAAAACGAUGGCUCAGAAGGCACCAUGGUCGCCAAUCCAUUUUGUAGGCGGAGACAAUGUAGGCUCGGAUGACCUGAUAUCUCGAAUGAGCAACUGCGUGGUGGCGAGACUCGGUGAACACAAGGUGAUCAAAUGGCUGAGGAAGGACAACAAGCUUCAGUUGGAAGUCUCAUCGACGGCCCCUGCAGGCGAGAAUACGGUUGCACAGCUGACUGGGUCCGGUACUUGGCCAUUGAACGGAGUCUGUACUGUUUCUACUUAUGAGCAAUACCGCCUUGAUAGCAAGGGUCCAGAGCUCAAUCCCAGUGUCGACGGAUGA